AUCAGCUUCUACUUAAUUCAAACAGCAUUUCAACUUAAAGAAGCAUGGAUAUUAAAACCGAGUCUGAAGAUAACCUGGACUGUGAUCGGCCCGUGUCCAUUGAAGUGUUCGCCAGCAGGUCCACGCUCCAUGGCAUCUCACACAUGUUCAGUUAUGAGCGCCAGUGCAUCAAGCGAUGCCUCUGGAUCAUGUUUUUCCUGGGCUCGUUCUCGUUCCUGGUGCUCGUUUGCGUGGACCGCAUCAAGUUUUACUUUCAGUACCCCCAUGUCACCAGCCUGGACGAGGUCACCGCGCCGAUGAUGGCGUUUCCGGCCAUCACCUUCUGCAACCUGAACGCUUUCCGCUUCAGCCGCGUGACGCGCAACGACCUGUAUCACGCGGGAGAGCUGCUCGCGCUGUUAAACGGCAGGUAUGAGAUCCGGGACACACACUUGGUAGAGGAGAGCGUUAUGAUGGUCCUGAAGGAUAAGGCGGACUUCUCCUCCUUCAAGCCCCGUCCCUUCAACAUGCGCGAGUUCUACGACCGAACAGGCCACGACAUCAAGGAGAUGCUGCUGUCCUGCUACUUCAGAGGAGUCGAAUGCAGCCCCGAGGACUUCUCAGUGUGUCCUGGUGGACCCAUAAGCCCCAGCUGCUGUGAGCUCCCUGUGGUGGAGCGCACACGUGUACGAGGGGCGUUGUGCUGA